CUCCCGCAGUGGUGUGCUUGCUUCGUGUGCUGUUUUGCGUUCUCGCUUCGAAGCGCUAUCUCACGAGUGCUGUCAUUGUCCGUGAGAGCUUUUCGGUGUCGUGAGUGAUUCUCGAUGUCCUUCCCAAGCCCCCAGGAUGGCGGACAGCCCCGCACACUCUACGUGGGCAACUUGGACUCUGGUGUUACCGAAGACUUGGUGUGCGCCCUCUUCAGUCAGAUGGGGCAAAUAAAGGGAUGUAAAAUAAUCCACGAGCCCGGAAGCGACCCGUACUGUUUUGUCGAGUUCGUCAAUCACAGUGAUGCGAGUUCGGCGAUCACUGCCAUGAAUGCUCGCAUGUGUCUUGGACGAGAACUCCGUGUAAAUUGGGCCUCAUCAGCAAUCCAGCAACAAACACCCCAUCGUCCCGACACCUCGAAGCAUCACCAUAUCUUCGUGGGUGACUUGUCACCGCAGAUCGAGACGUCAGAUCUCCGUGAGGCGUUCAGUCCGUUCGGCGAGAUAUCCGAUUGCCGUGUGGUGAAAGAUGCCACCACUCAGAAAUCUAAAGGCUACGGAUUCGUUUCGUUCACAAACAAGCAGGACGCCGAAAACGCAAUCCACACCAUGGAUGGCUCUUGGCUCGGAAGCCGAGCCAUUCGUACUAACUGGGCUAGCCGUAAGCCCAAUCACAAAGAAACAGGCUCUUACAUCGGGGGUCAUCAUCGAGCGUUAAACUAUGACGAGGUGUUCGCUCAGUCGUCUCCGUCGAACUGUACGGUCUAUUGCGGUGGCCUCAAUCAGAUGGCAUCGUCCGAAGACUUCCUUCGUCAGGCGUUCGACGAGUUCGGGGAGAUUGUCGACAUUCGCCUGUUCAAGGAUAAGGGCUACGCUUUCAUCAAGUUCAACAGCAAGGAGUCGGCCUGCCGUGCUAUCGUGGCUCGGCACAAUUCCGACAUCGGGGGUCAGGCAGUGAAAUGCAGCUGGGGCAAAGAGCAAGAACCGGCGCAACCUCAGUUCCCCUACGAUCCCUACCAGAUGAACUAUUGGUACUCCGGCUACUCUAUGGAUGGCAACUACAUGGGAGGAGAUUACAUGAACCAGAUGUACGCAGCCGCCCCGUACGGUCAGUACUACGGCCAGUAUCCGAUGGCCAUGCAAGUGCCUCAAGGAGCUCACGGAGGCCCGAUGCCCUACCCGCCUCCGCCUCAACAAUACCCCAGUCAAUAAGUUAACCCUGACUACGAUGUUUUGCUCUGAUGAUGUCUUCUAGACGGAUCGACAAUGCAAGCGCAAAAUUGUACAAUAUAAAAACACUUGGACAAGUGUGGCUCCCUUUGACUGGUACAACCCAAUUAUUCAUAAUUAAUAUCAAUGAAAUUCUUCAAAGAUGGUAGCGAACAAAAGCUGGUGAAAAAAAACAUGGAGUACCGGUGACGUUUGUGCUCUUCUUCCUAUCGAUUGUUCCGAAGCUAGAGAAUACGUUCGAGGUGUCUCAUGAUUCGUGCAGUAUGGUUUAACAAUUAAAGUUCGCUGAUGAUGUGUCCAGCGCGUAUGGAGUUGAAGCUCACGGCGAGGAGGAAAAAAUGGAAACGAGAAAAAACAACAACAACAGCAACAGCAACAACACAGUUAUCCAUCCAUAGAUCAAUUCACAAGCUCAUUUCCCACCUUCA